AGCACAAACCUGCAACUAUUAAACGAUCCAUACGCCAAUAUAAUGGACGGCUUUGCCCAUGAAUGGACAACGCCACCACGCACCGAUACCAGUGGUCUGCAUAUGGAUUUGGUGGCGGAAUUACAUGAAAGUGGCUUUGAGCCACAGACCAGAGCCCGUUCGAAUACCUGGCCCUGCCCAAGACCAGAAAAUUUUGUAGAGCCACCCGAUGAGCUGGAGAGUACAAAGGCCAGUAAUCAGCAAUUGGCUGGAGGAGACUCACAACAAACCAAUGUUCCUAGUGUGAAUGCCGCCAAAAAGAAUUCAUCACGCCGCAAUGCCUGGGGCAAUCUCUCAUAUGCUGAUCUGAUAACGCACGCCAUUGGCUCGGCCAGUGAAAAACGUUUGACGCUAAGUCAAAUCUAUGAAUGGAUGGUGCACAAUGUUCCAUAUUUUAAGGAUAAAGGUGAUUCGACAAGUAGUGCGGGCUGGAAGAACUCAAUUAGACAUAAUCUCUCUUUACAUAAUCGUUUUAUGCGCGUACAAAAUGAAGGUACUGGCAAAUCCUCUUGGUGGAUGCUGAAUCCCGAUGCGAAGCCUGGCAAAUCGGUGCGUCGACGUGCCGCCUCAAUGGAAACGUCACGUUACGAAAAACGUCGGGGGCGUGCCAAGAAACGUGUUGAAGCUUUACGGCAGGCUGGUGUGACCGGUAUCAAUGAUAAUACUCCGUCGCCGAGCAGUAGUAUAAGCGAAGGUUUAGAUCAUUUUCCCGAGAGUCCAUUGCAUAGUGGGUUUCCCAUAUCGCCGGACUUUAGACAACGUGCUUCAUCAAAUGCCAGUUCCUGUGGACGCCUGAGUCCAAGACCACUGGUGAAUUUGGAUUAUGAUUGGGGUUUUCCGGCUGAUUAUCAGAAUUCAGCAUCGGCUGCUACAAUGGAUAAAUUGGCCGGUUCGAUGGCCGAGGAAUUGACACUACAAAAGGACCUGAUGCAGCAACAGCAGCAGCAGCAACAACAACAGCAACAAGGGUUUAGCACAGCCUCGGGAAUGCCCACUCAACCCCCACCGCCAUAUCCUAGCAACAAUCAACAGCAACAACAACAACCAACCUAUACGCUCAAUGGCCCCAUGGCACAGGGUUACAGUAAUUUGCCCACACAGCAAUGUAUGCUGCAUCGUUCACUCACCUGCACCUGUUUGCAUACCACACGUGAGGGCCUCUCGCCAAACUCAGUUCAAACUAUGUCACCCGCCUAUCCAAACAGUGAACCCUCAUCGGAUUCUUUAAACACUUAUGCCAAUGUAGUUAUUGAUGGUGCCUCAGGAGUCUCAUCCGAUGGCAGUGGCUCUAAUCACUUGAUGCUGCAACAUCAACAGCAAAGACAAUUACAGCAGCAACAACAACAGCAGCAACAACAACAGCAGCAACAGCAACAGACACAACAACAUAGCUCAAAUUUAGAAGAUAAUAAUUGCGCAUCAACUUUAAUAGGACAAUACUUGGGUGCUCUGAACAGUGAGGCAACACCAAUUGACGAAUUUAAUAUAGAAAAUUUUCAAGGUGGUCUGGAAUGCAAUGUUGAAGAGCUAAUGCAACAAGAAAUAAGCAUUGAUGGUCUACUCGAUAUUAAUAUACCACUGACCGGCGUUAAUAGCGCCAAUGUCACGAAUAAUAGUGUCUCAAAUGCUGGCCAUAUGGGAGCUGUAAAUAAUGCGACAACAUUAGCCAAUACAACAUCGGCAACUCUGACACCACAACAACAACAUUUGCAUGCUCAGCUACAGGCUCAUUUACAACAGCAGCAACAACAAAUGCUGCAACAACAGCAGCAGCAGCAACAACAACAGCAACAACACCAACAGCAGCAGCAACAACAACACCAGCAAUUGCCACCAAUGCUUAACAACAACAAUAAUACACCAAUGACAACCGGCCUGGAAUUGCCGGUGACACAAUCGCCAACAUCCAAUCUGAAUGCCAUAGUACAAUAUCCCCAGCAGAGUGUGGUGACUCCGCCAUCCUGGGUGCAUUGAUACAACCGUUUGGUCCACUACUUCCCAUAUAGUCCCAUUCUAAAUCAUCAUCAAUA